AUGGGGCUGGAGGCCCAGAGGCUGCCGGGGGCCGAGGAGGCCCCGGUGAGGGUGGCCCUGAGGGUCCGCCCGCUGCUGCCCAAGGAGCUGCUGCACGGGCACCAGAGCUGCCUGAGGGUGGAGCCGGGGCACAGCCGCGUCACCCUCGGUCGAGAUCGCCACUUCGGCUUCCACGUGGUGCUGGGUGAGGACACGGGGCAGGAGGCUGUGUACCAGGCCUGCGUGCAGCCCCUCCUCGAGGCUUUCUUCGAGGGCUUCAACGCCACGGUCUUUGCCUACGGCCAGACAGGCUCUGGGAAGACGUACACCAUGGGGGAGGCCAGCGUGGCUUCUCUUCACGAGGACGAGCAGGGGGUCAUUCCACGGGCCAUGGCUGAGGCCUUCAAGCUGAUCGACGAGAACGACCUGCUUGACUGUCUGGUGCACGUGUCCUAUCUGGAAGUGUAUAAGGAGGAGUUCCGAGACCUGCUGGAGGUAGGCACCGCCAGCCGUGACAUCCAGCUUCGGGAAGACGACCGCGGAAAUGUUGUGCUGUGUGGCGUGAAGGAGGUGGCCGUGGAGGGCCUGGACGAGGUGCUGAGCCUGCUGGAGAUGGGCAACGCGGCGCGCCACACGGGCGCCACGCACCUCAACCGCCUGUCCAGCCGCUCACACACCGUCUUCACGGUGACCCUGGAGCAGCGGGGGCGCGCCCCCAGCCGCCUGCCCCGGCCGCCCGCGGGCCAGCUGCUGGUCUCCAAGUUCCACUUCGUGGACCUGGCGGGCUCGGAGCGGGUGCUCAAGAUGGGCAGCACGGGCGAGCGGCUCAAGGAGAGCAUCCAGAUCAACAGCAGCCUCCUGGCGCUGGGCAACGUCAUCAGCGCCCUGGGCGACCCCCAGCGCCGCAGCAGCCACAUCCCCUACCGGGACUCCAAGAUCACCCGCAUCCUCAAAGACUCGCUGGGUGGGAACGCCAAGACGCUGAUGAUCGCCUGCGUCAGCCCCUCCUCCUCCGACUUCGACGAGACCCUCAACACCCUCAACUACGCCAGCCGCGCGCAGAACAUCCGCAACCGCGCCACGGUCAACUGGCGGCCCGAGGCCGAGCGCGCGCCCGAGGAGGCGGCGGCCGGCGCGCGGGGACCCCCGCGCCACCGCUCGGAGACGCGCAUCAUCCACCGCGGCCGGCGCGCCCCCGGGCCCGCCCCUGCCGCCCCCGCCCCCGCCGCCGCCGCCGCCGCCGCCGCCGCCCGCCUGGGCGCAGAGUGCGCGCGCUACCGGGCCCGCACCGACGCCGCCUACAGCCUCCUGCGCGAGCUGCAGGCCGAGCCCGGGCUGCCCGGCGCCGCCGCCCGCAAGGUGCGCGACUGGCUGUGCGCCGUCGAGGGCGAGCGCAGCGCCCUGAGCUCCGCCUCCGGGCCCGACAGCGGCAUCGAGAGCGCCCCCGCCGAGGAGCAGGCCGCGCAGGCGCCCGGCGGGCCGAAGGAAGAUGGGGGGGCACUGCAGUUGCUCGCCCUGCAGAGCCAGGUGGCCCGCCUGGAGGAGGAGAACCGAGACUUCCUGGCGGCCCUGGAGGACGCAAUGGAGCAGUACAAGCUGCAGAGCGACCGGCUUCGGGAGCAGCAGCAGGAGAUGGCCGAGCUUCGGCUGCGGCUCGAACUGGUGCGGCCUGGCUGGGGGACCCCAGGGCUCCUACAGGGCCUGCCUCCCGGCUCCUUUGCACCCCGGCCUCACACAGCCCCGCUCGGCGGUGCCUACAGCCACGUGCUAGGCAUGGUGCCCGCCGUCUGCCUUCCUGGGGAUGAAGUUGGCCCUGAGAAUAGGGGAGAGGUGACAGAUGGGAGAGAGGCUGGAGCCAAGCUGCCGGCAGACGCUGACAGGCCCGGAAGCUGCUCUUCAGCUGCGUCCGAGGAGGAGGAGCGGGAGGAGGAGCGGGAGGAGGCGCAGCCGCCCCUGCGGCCCUUGCACCUGCGCAGAAACGGCAUCAGCAAGUGGAGCCAGAGUGUGGGGGCCCGCCCAGGGAGCCCACGCGACGGCAAGGGCCCAGAGCUUCACCUUGAAGAACUGGGUACAGCCAUCCCGGGGCCCAGAGGAGUUGGUGGGAGCAAGGCCCUGGCUCGACCCCGCCAGACCCCAGCUGCCACGGCCUCUGAGUGGCGUCUGGCCCAAGCGCAACAGAAGAUCCGGGAGCUGGCCAUCAACAUCCGCAUGAAGGAGGAGCUCAUUGGCGAGCUGGUCCGCACAGGGAAGGCGGCCCAGGCCCUGAACCGCCAGCACAGCCAGCACAUCCGGGAGCUGGAGCAGGAGGCAGAGCGGGUGCGGGCCGAGCUGAGCGAAAGCCAGAGGCAGCUGCGGGAGCUGGAGGGCCGGGAGCCCCAGGACGCCGGCGAGCGGUCCCAGCUCCAAGAGUUCCGCAAGAGGGUCGCUGUCGCCCAGAGCCAGGUGCAGGUGCUGAGGGAGAAGAAGCAGGCGACCGAGCGGCUGGCGUCGCUGUCGGCGCAGAGCGAGAAGCGGCUGCGCGAGCUCGAGAGGCACGUGCAGCUCAUGCGGCAGCAGCAGGGACAGCUGCAGCGGCGGCUGCGCCAGGAGACGGAGCAGAAGCGGCGCCUGGAGACGGAGAUGAACAAGCGGCAGCACCGCGUCCAGGAGCUGGAGCGGAGGCACUAGCAGCAGCAAAAGAUCCUGAAGAUCAAGACGGAAGAGAUCGCGGCGUUCCAGAGGAAGCGGCGCAGCGGCAGCAACGGCUCCGUCAUCAGCCUGGAGCAGCAGCAGAAGAUCGAGGAGCAGAAGAAGUGGCUGGACCAGGAGAUGGAGAAGGUCCUGCAGCAGCGGCGGGCGCUGGAGGAGCUGGGGGAGGAGCUCCGCAAGCGGGAGGCCAUCCUGGCCAAGAAGGAGGCCCUGAUGCAGGAGAAGACGGGGCUGGAGAGCAAGCGCCUGCGGUCCAGCCAGGCCCUCAGUGAGGACAUCGUGCGAGUGUCCAGCCGGCUGGAGCACCUGGAGAAGGAGCUGUCGGAGAAGAGCGGGCAGCUGCGGCAGGGCAGCGCCCAGAGCCAGCAGCGGCUCCGCGGGGAGAUCGACGCCCUGCGCCAGGAGAAGGACUCGCUGCUGAAGCAGCGCCUGGACAUCGAUGGCAAGCUGCGGCGGGGUAGCCUGCUGUCGCCCGAGGAGGAGCGGACGCUGUUCCAGCUGGACGAGGCCAUCGAGGCCCUGGAUGCUGCCAUCGAGUACAAGAACGAGGCCAUCACGUGCCGCCAGCGGGUGUUACGGGCCUCGGCCUCCUUGCUGUCCCAGUGUGAGAUGAACCUCAUGGCCAAGCUCAGCUACCUCUCGUCCUCGGAGACCAGAGCCCUACUCUGCAAGUAUUUUGACAAGGUGGUGACGCUCCGCGAGGAGCAGCACCAGCAGCAGAUUGCCUUCUCGGAGCUGGAGAUGCAGCUGGAGGAGCAGCAGAGGCUGGUGUACUGGCUGGAGGCGGCCCUGGAGCGGCAGCGGCUGGAGAUGGACCGCCAGCUCACCCUGCAGCAGAAGGAGCACGAGCAGAGCAUCCAGCUCCUCCUCCAGCAGAGCCGAGACCACCUCGGCGAGGGGCUGGCCGACAGCAGGAGGCAGUACGAGAGCAGGAUCCAAGCUCUGGAGAAGGAGCUGGGCCGCCACCUGUGGAUGAACCAGGAACUGAAGCAGCAGCUCAGUAGCCUGUGUGCCACGGGCCAGAGCAGGGGUGGAGAGAAGAGGGCGCUGUGCCUGGAGAGACCAGGCCCCGGACACGAAGAGGAGCUGCACCCCGGGUCCGAGUCGCUCAGGCAGCAGCCCCUCCCGGAGGGGGCCCCCCGCGCCCCGCUGCCGCUGCCGCUGCCGUGGAGGCGCUCCAGCCUGUGCGGUGAGGAGCCAGGCGGCGCUGAGGAGGCCUUGGGGGUGCGGGCCCUCCCUGUGGCAGAGGCGGGCCUGCCCCGCAACCCCGCGCCCCUGCCCAAGGCCCGGCGGGACCCGCGCCGCGCCAGCGCGGGCAUCAUUGAUGUCCGGAGGAACCCCCUGUAGGCUCGGGGCAGAGUGCGCCUGCGCGGAGGCCGAGCCCGCCCCCGGAGGUCACAGAAGACUGCUGGGAGCUCUCCUCCACAUCCGGUGCUGAUCUUGCCCCAGUGGCCUCAGCAAACCCGGGCCACAACGCACACAACGCAGUGGGGCGGACGCCUUUUAAUCUGUGACUUCCUGCCCCUCCUUUCCUUUGAGCCAGGGUACUGGGCUUGCUGUCUUUUGGCUUGAGAGUUUCCAAAAGGCACUUCUGGUCUCAGACCUGCGUGCAGGUGCCCACAGGCCUGGGCUUCGGCUGGUGGCGGAUGCACAACAGUGAGUGGCAACGGGGCUGUGUUUUAAAUGGUCUUAUGUAUGCGGCGGGAAACUGGGCCUAAUUUUAGAAUUUUGUAAAACCAUUUUAUAAUAAAGGAGA